GCAGAUGUAUUUCACACAUGUUAAAUAUAGGACUCGCAUUACUCACGGACUCACAUUUGCACACGUGUAAAUGUAUGUACAAGCCGAUGCGCAUUCAUGGCAUCUUUUUAUUGUAUGAAGAGCACAGAAUCAAAGAAGAGGAGUGCCAGGAGUAUUUGAUCUCUCUUGUUCUGCUGUUGGAUUUAUGCUGUCACAUACAUGAUGGUGCAGUUGUGUGUGCGUUGGCUGGUUCUUCUGUUUGGGCUGCAGUUUGCUUUGUCGCAGCUGGAUGAUCUUGAUGAAGAUUCAGAAAGAAAGGGGAACAGAAGAAGCAAAAAUAAACCUAUCACCUCUAAUGUCAUCCCAAAAAACAACGACGGGGAUUGUAAUUUGGAGCUGGCGUUCUUAGUGGACAGCUCGGAGAGCGCCAAAGACAACCACGCUCAGGAGAAGCGCUUUGUUACCGAUCUUGUGGACCGGAUCCAGAACAUUCGUCUUCAAACCGAGCAGAGCCUGAACUUCAGAACUGCCCUCCUGCAGUACAGCAGUCACGUGAUCACUGAGCAAUCCUUUAAGGAUUGGAAGGGUGUGCCCACCUUUCAUGACCGCAUCGCACCCAUUCCAUACAUAGGGCAUGGCACCUACACCACCUAUGCCAUCACCAACCUCACGCGUAUCUACCUGGAGGAAUCUGGCCCUGGCACAGUGAAGAUAGCCAUCCUGCUGUACGACGGCGUGUCUCAUCCAAAAAAUCCUGACAUAUUCUCCGCUUUGGCUGAUGCUAAGAACCAGGGGAUUAAAUUCUUCACAGUAAGUUUCACACCUGCUGCCAAUGUGGAACAGUUGCGUCAACUGGCCAGUUCUCCAUCCGCCCGCUUCGUACACAACCUACAGGACAAGGCUGUUGUGGACAAGAUAGUCAAAGAAAUUACCGAAGUGGUGAAUGAUUUGUGCCCACUUUCACCAAAAUGCACUUGUGAGAAAGGAGAAAAGGGGGCCGGUGGACCUGCUGGUAAAAAGGGUCGACCUGGAGAUGAUGGAAGCCCAGGACCCAAAGGACAGAAGGGGGAGAGUGGGUUCAGUGGUCUUCCCGGACGAGAUGGUUCAGAGGGGAAACCUGGGGACAAAGGAGAGAAGGGUGAAAGAGGAGAAUGUGGAACACCAGGAAUCAAAGGAGACAGAGGUCCUGAGGGUCCCGUUGGUAUCUGAGGAAGUCGAGGACUGCAGGGUUUAUCUGGACCCAGUGGGGACACCGGCCCUGAGGGCCCACCUGGCAAAAAAGGGGAGAGAGGCUUUCCCGGACCACCAGGAAUCCAGGGUGAGACUGGGAUUGGCCUUCCUGGACCAAAGGGUGAUGUGGGGUUACAAGGCAGACUGGGUCCUCCCGGGCCACCUGGGCUAGGGGGGCCGGGCCUACCGGGACCACAGGGACCUCAGGGUAUACCAGGGGAGAAAGGCCCGCCAGGAGAUGGGUUUCCAGGGCCAAAGGGAGAGAGGGGCCUGGAGGGGCCAAAGGGACCCAGAGGGCCACUAGGUCCAGGGAUUAAAGGAGAAAAGGGUGAUGUUGGUCCUUCUGGGCCCCUAGGACAAGUUGGGCUUCCUGGAACAGGCAUCCAAGGAGAGAAGGGUGUGGAAGGACCACGUGGACCCCCCGGAAGCAGAGGGCCACAGGGUGAGGGCUACCCUGGACCAAAGGGCGAUCAAGGUUUACCAGGUGAGAUUGGGACACCAGGAGAGAGAGGACUAGGAGAACAGGGUCCCAAAGGAGAACCUGGAGCUACUGGAUUGUCAGGAUUACCAGGUUUACCCGGAGAGGAUGGAGCUCCAGGACAGAAGGGAGAACCAGGGGCCGCUGGGUUGAGAGGUCCUGAAGGAGUGGCAGGAGUGGGCAUCCAGGGUGAAAAAGGUGACCAGGGUCAGCGGGGAAUCCGUGGGUUAGCAGGGCCACCGGGAAUAGCUGGACCCUCUGGGUCAAAGGGUGAGCCAGGCACCCCUGGCAGACAGGGUUUACCUGGACUCCCGGGACGUGCAAUAACAGGAACAAAGGGUGACUUUGGUCCACCAGGUCCAGCUGGUACAGUGGGAGAGACAGGAUAUGGACUUCCUGGGCCAAAGGGUGAGCGUGGUGACCCAGGUCCUUCUGGUCUGUCUGGUCCAAAAGGAGACGGCUAUCCUGGUCCUGCAGGUCUUCCUGGUCUUCCUGGCCUUCAGGGGGAACCUGGUCAAGAGGGGAUAGGUUUACCAGGACCAAAGGGUGAUAUUGGCUUUAGAGGUUUGCCCGGUCCACAAGGACCUCCAGGGGAAGGACUGCAGGGACCACCUGGCACAAUGGGGAGGCCAGGACCUCCUGGGUCUAUUGGACCACCAGGACAAGGCUUACAGGGUCCAAAGGGUGAUCAGGGGUCACAGGGUAUUGCAGGGCCGAGGGGACUUUCCGGAGAAGGAAUCCCGGGAUCAAAGGGUGAUCGUGGAGCUCAGGGUGAGAGAGGUCUGAAGGGGAUCAAAGGUGACAUGGGAGAUCCUGGUGUUCCUGGACAAUCAGGCAGAAUAGGAAUGAAAGGGGAGCCGGGACUAACGAGGUCUGAGAUCAUCAGGAUAAUCCGGGAGAUUUGUGGCUGUGGGGUCAGAUGUAAAGAACGCCCUAUGGAGCUUGUGUUUGUGAUUGACAGCUCGGAGAGCGUUGGUCCUGAAAACUUUGAGAUCAUAAAGGACUUUGUGGCUGCGCUAGUCGACAGACUCACCGUGGGCCGAAACGCCACUCGGGUCGGUCUGGUUUUGUACAGCCUUGAGGUACAGCUCGUGUUUAACCUCGCUCGCUACACCACUAAACAGGAUGUGAAACAGGCCAUACGCAGAAUUCUUUACAUCGGCGAGGGCACGUACACGGGUACCGCCAUCCGCAAAGCUACUCAGGAAGCGUUCUACAGUGCGAGGACAGGGGUCAGGAAGGUCGCCAUCGUCAUCACAGAUGGGCAAACGGAUAAACGGGAACCCGUGAAGCUGGACAUCGCUGUUAGGGAGGCGCAUGCGACCAACAUCGAGAUGUACGCUCUGGGAAUUGUUAACGCCAGCGAUCCGACACAGAACGAGUUCCUCCAGGAGCUUAAUCUGAUUGCCUCUGACCCUGACAGUGAACACGUGUAUUACAUCGAUGACUUCAACACCUUGCCAGCCCUCGAGUCUAAACUUGUCAAUCAGCUCUGUGAGGAUGAAAAUGGAGCGCUGAUCAAUCUCAUCAAUGGUUUCCAAAACGGAUACAAUAUUGAUGGCAACGGCAGGCACAAUUACGAAACCAACACAUAUAAUGGCAACAGAGAGGGUACAGGCACACACUCUGGAAUAAACCCUGUCACUCAUGAAAGUGGGAGGGGUGACACCUUCGCCCCACCCACAGAUAUUUCAGACAUUAAUGAGGAGGUUCAGAGUUUGCCUAAGAAACCAGACGUACAGACUUCAGAGCAGAGUAGCGGUAGAGGAGAUACCCCAACAUUCACUGGGGCGUCCACACAAGGCAAACAUUCAUCAGGAACGUCUUCAUCAUCAUCAUCGACUGUGAUUACAUCAUCAACCUCUGUGCAGUACAUACCAGCCCCGCGACCACCUUUACCUAAGGAGGUUGUGCCACUGGACCCACGCUGUGAGCUGCUCCUGGAUCAGGGUCCCUGUCGAGACUAUAACAUCCUCUGGUACUACGAUCGGCAGGCCAACGCCUGUGCACAGUUCUGGUACGGUGGCUGCGAUGGGAACCGCAAUCGCUUUGACACAGAAGAAGAGUGCAAGAGGACGUGUGUGAGAACAGGAGGCUGAAGUCCAGCGCAGAUCUUUAGUCCAUUAAUGUCUUUUGUUCUUCACCUGCCAAUGCAUCUGAUGGACCUGCACUGAAAUACACAAAGUAUGUGUAUGUAUGUAUAU